AGAGAUGGCGCUAGUGAGCAGGAGUUUUUUACUUUUAAAAUGUAUGGAGAAAUUCAUAAAAACUAGUUUUUUGAUUUAAUUAACAUUUUUCCAAAAAAAAUAUUUGGUACAGGUUGUAGGUCACAAUGAUAGCAAUCUGCGUUACCAAAUAUUUUUUGCCAAAAUAUCGAAAUAAUUGAAAUAUUUGGAAAAAUGUUCAAAUCUCCAUACAUUAUUUCAACCGAAAACUUCUGCUUGAAUUCCGGUUGAUCUUCGUUUGCCUAUACAUGGCAUCAAAAAUAUACAUGGAUCCAUGUUUACUCAUCUGUCAAAUGACUUGCAAUAAAAAAAUAAAUAAAAAUAAAAGUUGGAGCGGCAACGGAAAAGUAAGUACAAAUUUCAUUUGAAAUAAGAGUUAAAUUAAAUAAAAUAUACAUCAUUUUAGAUGCAACGAAGAAAUAAAAUUAUAAGCAGUGCGUUCCUGAACAGCAUUUCCUAAUAGAGUAGCUGCGGAGUAACAGAAUCUUCAUCGCCGGCGCCAAAAUAUUCACCCGGAUCUCGAUCCAUUGCCGAUGCGGCGGACCUUGUGCGGUACAUCGAGAUGGUCCAAACUUCCGAGCGGUUGUGCUGUUCAAGUUUGAACUAGUGUUACGUACGUGGUCCAGAAAAGUGAUGAAACAUCAGCGGCACAUCAAAUUGGAGAAAAUGGAGAAGAACAGAGGUCACGCCAAAAGCAACAACGCUGAGCCGCCAACGUUGGCCACUACGCCAAAUGAUUUUUCUCUGCAAUCUUCCGACCUGACGGAUAACAUAGGCCUCAUGCGUAACCGUUACCUUUCAAGUUGCAGUGGACAGCACAGAAAACUACGACAGUCUGCAGAUCAAUAUGAAACGGAGUAUCUACAUUUCCAACUUGCUUCCUGAUAGUCGAAUAGCAGCAAUCCCAGCUCAAGUUUUAAGUAGAACGUGUAUUUGCUGCAAUUCGCAAGCUCUCAGUCUGGAACAACUCUUCCGGGUUGCAAACUGCCUCCAAAGUUUAUGAGACUUUCGCGGAACAAUCCCAGCGUCAAUAGAAUUGUGGUGAAUGGAGAGGUCGGUUGGUUGAGUCGGACCAGAAUGGUGUAAAUCAAGAGCAUCAAGGCAUCUUGUAACCGGAACGGAAAUACGGAGAUAAUAAUAAUAGGUAGGUAGGGUCUGCGACCAUUUGGGCAGGAGCAUCUAUUUUGGGCACUUGCAUCUAUAACGCAGUCAAUUUUAAACCGAUUGACUUGAUUUUUGAGACACGAUCAGUUACUGAAUAACUAGUUCAAACGCAUAAGCAUAACUAGGUCAUAGGUCUAGGGGGCCACGGCUAUGUUGAUAUUAGGUUGAAAUAGAUGUUUUUAUACUCAAGUACUGCUCCAAGAAUACUUAUAGCCUGAAUCUCAUGUUUUUCCGAAAUGGAUUAUUCUGGACUGGAGGAGACUAGGCCAUCCCUUUUUACGCCAAUGCUCAAACGUUAUAAUAUUAAACCGUCUUAACUAAUAAAUUUGGCAUAUAUUUACAAACACAAGUAAAUAAAAAUAUUGACAGAAUUACACUCACCACAGUACCAAUGCACGGUAUUAAGGCAUGGUUAUUUUUAUGUUCCAAAUACCGUGUUUUGGGCUAAAACGGUAAACUAAAUAUUUAAUUGAUACGUUUAACUUAAUUAAUCAGUAGUGCAAACCUCUAAAAAACGUUUCUUUUUUUCAACGACUCUUUUUAGUAUGCACAUGGUGUGUUUGAUAUAGUGAUGACAAAGGGCCACCAAUUUAUGCGGUCACAAACAAUGACCCAACACCGAUGAAUUACCUUAAUUUUGACCACUAUUUAUGAAUCACCGUAUUAGGAUCCAGAAUUAAGCGACGUUUGCUCAUUUCUUGAGCGAUUCCUUGACUGAAUUUUUACACGCAUCGAGAUAGCCCAUGAAAUAUUUUGUGAUCUGCGUACUACCUAUUGAUCAGACGAGUGAUCCAUAAACUAUGGUAAUUUUUACGGAUUCAUAAAUUGUGGGUCGUUUCACAAGGUGUUAGAAACAAUUCCCGACUAACAAUCACUCAUUUAACAGGCACCAUUAUGACGAAUCAAUUCAGCAUAAUGUUUAAUAACAUUUGAAUUACUUUCACGUACAACCUAUGUUCGGGUUUUGUUCACACAAAUUUGGAGAAGUUAUAAAGCAUCAUGUUGUGCACCAACUUAUUUUUUUGUUGUUCAAAGCGUUUUACAAAUGUACAAGAAAGUUGUUAUUAAGCUUUGGCAAAAAUGAAUGAAAAUAAAUAAAAUGCAAAAAUGUUGAAACUCUCACGAGAGUAAUUAUUUGCUCUCAUGUUGAGAACACCUAUUAUGAAAUAAGAAUUACAUAUAAAUUUACCUAAAUCCGGAUUAGAACUCGAGACCUGUCGAUUGCCAGCCGCAUGCCUUCCUAUCUGCGCCAUCCUAGAGAUGGUGAGAUGCAGCACCCAAAGCAAAUCAUAAUCUUCCCAUGACUCAAUAAUGAUCACUGCUGAACUUGUGUUCAGCAGUGGUGAAUUAGCACAGCACGUGGUAAUCAACUGAACAACGCCUUAUACUUAACAGCUGUUCAACUCAAAACGCGUGUUUUCCAUUCUGAUUUCGCUGUCAGUAUUUGUAUCGCACGGUGAGAAAACUUGUAUCGAAUGCGGCCAAAAAGUGUUGGUCCUUAUUGAAGAUAUUGUUUCCAGACGAACUAAUUGCGAUAUGAAUAUGUUUUUAGUUUUAUUUAAAAAUAUCGAUCUUUAAAAAUGUAUGACAAUAAGUGGUGCUGUAUGGUCUUGGACAUGGUGCAUUCACAGCAUCUGUUCGGGUAAUAUACUCAUGCUCAGUCUAAGAUCCGUUAAGAAAUUGUUUCAUUUAUGCUUUUGUCAUGGAAUCUUUAUAUUAUGUUCAAUAAAUAGUGCAUAAGGAUGUUUAGGGAUACGAUUUCUGAAUGCUGUUUGGUUAUCUAGGUGACUGUGGGUAUUCACGACAGCACUGAAAUGUCAAAUGCAUCGAUCCAAGCGUCUCGUACAAUCGAACUGCUGACUAAUAAUAAUAAAUAAAUGCCUCAUAUUUACGUUGAUUACGUCUCUUGGCACUCAAUGUUAAACUACAUAAUUCUAAUCCGUUUUAUUUUAUGUGAUUCAUUUAAUAUUUUGGUUCAUUGAUAACUUGGUUGUCUAAACAGUUUUAGCCAUGAUUUAUCCCAUAAUCCGAACAAAGUUUCGAGUCAAACUAUGACGGGCUGAAGGCGUUUAUUUGACAAGUGAAAAGUGCAUUGUUCAGGAGCAUAUGCUUAUCGAUACAUCAGCUUAAUAAAGUGCAGACAAAUGUUUUGUUAAACUAUUUUGUUAAGGAAUCAAUGCUUGUCGAAUAAAUUUCUUGUUAAACUUAUAAUUUAUCAUUGUUGAUACCGGUGAGGAAAGUCGAGCAUUGACUAUUUUCUCAAUCGAAAAAUCAUUUGAACUGUAAUGUGUAGAGCAUAAUUUUAGUUCAGCUAUCAUUACCAUUAUUAAGCAACAAUUCAGUAAGCUUGCUUGUUUGUGACUUGCAAUUGUUAGUUGGGAAUGCUGUGUUUUAUCAUUUUGAUUUUAACCAUCGCUCAAACAUUUGGAGUAUUACAAAUCAUACUCAUUAUACAUAAAAGGAUCUUUUUAUUAUCGUACAAAUUGUUACGAAGGUUCUCAGAGUUUAAGGCUGAACGGUGUAGGGUCUUAACGUGCAUUGGCCCUUUGCGAAGACAGACCAGGUUAGGCAACCCUGCGAGUGGUAGAUCGAUAGGCAGGCGCCGUGUGUACGUCAGGUUGAGAGAUAUCGAGUAAGGAACGAAGCGAGAGGUCGAACGUGUGUGAAUCUGCGAGCGGUGAAUAAAUACAUAAAGUGAAUUUGUAAAGAAACAGUUAUUAUUAUAAUCCUUGAAUGCCCUGGUUCCUACAGUUUGGCGACGAGGACGAAAAUAUAGUGAUAACGUGAGUGCAAGUGAUUUUAGUGGAAGAAGAAAGCGAGGUUGUAAUUCAGCCGAUUGUUGGCGUUCGGCGGGCCAAGCGGUAGCGCCAGCUGCUGUGGAUACCUGAGAGGUUAGAAUUUGCCGGAGCGUCAAUGUGAGUACCCAACAAUUAUAAGUGAGGGAUAGAAAGGGAAGAUCACCCUUUUCAGUUGCUGUUGGAUUCUUUCGUGGAUGUUUUCUCUGCAUUAUCUAUGGGGGGAACAUACACCAGUUAUGCAGUGGAAAAAAUCACAGUGGGGCAAAAUGUGUUUUUUAACGUCAGAAAUGGUUUUUGAAAUUUUGUUUGCUACGUCUAAUUAUUGGGUAUGAAAUUGAGUAUUGGUGUUGUUUUCAGGUGACAAUAAUUGAGAUAAAUGUUUAUGGGUGGUUAUGUACGUGUCAAUCUGAAAACUAGAAGAAGUGUGUAAUGGGUUUAUGUCGUUUUGCAGAUGGGUUUGUACCAUAACAGAGAUUAAGACGGAUUUUAGAAUGGAGGUAUUGUGCAUCUACAUUAAUGUUCUGGGUUGUACCGAAAUUAAGUGGAUUGUGUAUCAACAAUCGUUCAAUUUUAUGAGGUAAUUGUGAAGGGGUCGUACGUAUUUAUUUUUCACUUGGAAUAUUGUAUUGGUGACGCUGCCUGUUAUAGCUGCGUAUGUAAACAGAAAUGGUUGUGUACCAAAUUGAAAAUGGUUGUGUACCAGAAUAGAGAUGGUUAGGUACCAAUAGUGACCUGGUUGUGUACCAAUGUGAACAUUUUUAAGCAUCAAAUAAGUAAUAAUUAACUACAAACAUAGAAGUGUGUCAAAUAAGAAAUGGUUAUGUACCACUAGAGGGAUGGUUAAGUACCAAAAGUGAGCUGGUUGUGUACCAACGUGAACAUUGUUGAGUAUCAAAGGGGUAAUGGUUAGGUACCAAAAUAGAAAUGGUUGUGUACCAAAUUGAUAAUGGUUGUGUACCACAUUUGAGGCGGUUGAAAAAAAAAGGAAAUUGUUGUGUAACCAAACAUUAAUAGCUGAUUGCCACAAUUCACUAUUGGUAAAAAUGGUUAAGCGUAUAAUAAGCUGGUACAUAAGGACAAGGAGUACUGCAUCUUAGAUUGUGAAUUCCAUUUACAUUGACCAAUAAUUGAAAAAUAUAUGGAAAUAAACAUUAUGAAAAAAACGGUGUUUUAUUAACUCAAAUAAGCGUUUCCACAACUGCAAAUAACUGGUGUAUAUUAAUUUUUAUUUAUAUCAUGAUUUUCUUUUUGGGAAAGCAGCGUUGAAAUUAUAUAAGAUAAGGUUACCAUCCAAUAUUGUUUACAGGAUGGCUGCAUCAAGUCGGAUCAAACCAUUUGAUGUAGCAUUGGAAGCGAGUCGUCUGCCGUCUGAGUGGGAGUCAUGGAAAAACGAUUUAGAAUCGUUCUUUCUAGCUCAGCGUUUGGAAUCACAGCAAGAUAAACGGGCUCAGCUUGCCUACCUGGGAGGCCCAGGACUGCAAGAGCUGCUGCGCUACCUACCCGGAGUGAAUCAAGUUCCACAUGUAGCGGCUGAUCCUCCGUAUUACGACGUUGCGAUUAAAUGCUUGGACGACUAUUUCGAACCGUUUCGCCGUAAAACCUACGAGAGACAUCUUUUCCAUCAAAUAAUUCAACGACUGGAUGAACGCUUUACUGACUUUGUUAUGCGGCUGCGGAAGCAAAUCGCUCGAUGCAGUUACAACCCCUGCGUUGUUGAUGAGUUAAUCGCUGAUAGAAUUGCACAGGGAUGCAGCUCCGAGGACUUGCGUACGAAGCUGCUGCAGAAGGACCGGAGCUUGGAAGAAAUAAUCGCCCUGGGCACAAGUCUGGCAGAAUCUCUCCAACAAUCCAAGAAAUUUGGGAAACCGUCAGUACCGAUCAGACAAGAACACGAGGUAAAUAGUGUUGCUAGGCCCCCACGACGCAUCUUCCAAGGAAAUCAACGAAGCGGUGUUAGGAACAUCGCUCCUAACGGUUCCCAGACAUCGUCGAAUGAUCGGUUCAUUUGUUAUGGGUGCGGUCGUCGAGGACAUACUCAGGGAAGUUUCGAAUGCCCGGCAAAACAAACAAAAUGCGCAAGCUGUGGUAAAAUGGGUCACUGGGCCAAACGUUGCUACAAUAGAGGAGGUGGCACAAAGCGCCGGAUGAACGACCAAACAUCGGCCCCGCCGGUCAAGCGCAUACGAGCUGUUGAGGAAGAAUCGGAGAAGAGGAACACCAAGGAUUAUGUUUUUUAUGCGAUGGGGAAUAAUGUGUUCAGCUUCAAGGUGGGGGGAGUGGAGAUACCAAUGACCAUUGAUUCUGGAGCUGACGCAAACAUUGUCACAGAAUGCGCAUGGAAAGAACUGAAGAACGCCGGUAUCAAUGUGUCGUUCAUGAGUACUGAGGUUGAUCGAUCGCUUCUAGCGUAUGCUUCAAAGGAUCCAAUGAAGAUCAUUGGGAUGUUUAAUGCGGAAAUUGAAGCAGCUGAGAACAAAGCCACUGCUACAUUCUACGUGGUGCAGAAUGGACAACGUUGCCUUCUGGGGGAUCAGACAGCGAAGGAUCUCAACGUAUUGAAGGUUGGUUUUGGUGUAGGUUCAAUAGAAGCGAAGGAAAUCAACCCGUUCCCGAAAAUUCGAGAUGUGGUAGUGGAAAUUCCCAUCGAUCCCAAAAUUCAGCCAGUUCAACAGCCAUACAGACGCCCUCCAAUAGCUUUGGAAGACAAAAUCGAAGAGAAGCUUCGCUCGCUGCUGGAACGAGACAUCAUCGAACCGGCCCCAGGACCUUCACCAUGGGUAUCUCCUGUUGUGCCAGUUGUUAAGGACUCUGGUGAAAUACGGCUGUGUAUUGAUAUGCGACGGGCGAAUCAAGCGGUACUGCGUGAGACGCACCCGCUGCCGCUCGUUGACGAGCUUUUGAGUUCCGUUAAUGGGGCAGUAAAGUUCUCAAAGAUUGACAUUAAAGACGCCUACCACCAAGUUGAGAUCUCGGAGCGGUCACGACCCGUGACAACGUUCAUCACGAAACAUGGCCUGUUCAGGUAGAUGAUUGACCUCAAUAAACCUUUUUUUUAUUUUAAAUUACAGACAUGAAUGAUAUAUUUUGUUGUUUUAUUUCAAUUCCAUAUUAUUAGGUAUAAACGAUUAAUGUUUGGAGUUAGCUGUGCGCCUGAAUUAUUUCAGAAGGUCAUGGAGUCGAUCCUUGCAGACUUGGACGGAAUCAUUGUAUAUUUGGACGACGUUGUUGUCCACGGUAGAACUCAAACAGAACACGAUAGGAGACUCACCGCUGUUUUACAUAGACUAUCUGAAUACGGAGUUCUGUUGAAUGACCAGAAGUGUGUUUAUAAUGUUGAAUGUUUGGAGAUUCUCGGUCAUCAGCUUUCAGUGCAGGGGAUUCGUCCAACUGAAAGUCGGGUUGCUGCGAUCAGAACUUUUCGAGAGCCGCAAAACGUAUCAGAACUCAGAAGCUUUCUGGGGUUGGUAUGUUAUGUUGGGAAAUUUGUGCCACACCUUGCGACAAAAACAGACCCUCUAAGACAACUGCUUAGAUCAGGCGUUCAAUUCAACUGGACAAAUAAAGAAAGGGCUGCUUUCCAGGAAAUCAAGGAUGCAAUGUGUCAGAUUCAUCAUUUGGGUUUCUUCAAUCCCAAGGAGCACACGAAGCUGAUAACAGAUGCUAGUGCAACCGGGCUAGGGGCCGUUCUUUUACAAGACAGCUCUGCUGGUAACUGUCGAAUCAUCGCGUACGCCAGUAAAGCAUUGACAACCUUGGAGAAAAAGUACUUUCAAACAGAGCGAGAAGCGUUGUCAUUGGUAUGGGGAGUGGAGAAAUUCAAACUUUAUUUGCAAGGAGUCAAGUUUACGCUCGUGACCAAGGGGUCGGACAGCCUGAUCUGGGAUCGAAAUAUCAAAAAAUAUUAAAAAUAUUAAUCCAAAUAUCACAAAAAUGAUCAAGUGUGCCGUGAUGGUUAUUUUUGUUUGUUAUCAUGUCAAACAAGAAUGCCACAGAAGUUAGUACAGAUCUUAUUUUGUGAACAGCCUGAUGUUUUACAUAAAAAACCGCCGGCCAUUUCCGUACUCCUCGGUCCUCGCUACCAUACAGCUUCAUCUUGUGCACAGGGUAUAUUCAAAAUUUAUGUUAGCCUGGGUUUUUGUUAGAACAACCGUUUGUUUAUCAAUGAGAUGCUGCUUAAUGUAUGCUGGUACUGCCAGCUUAGUUUGUGGCAUCAAGCGGCCUGAAUAUGAAACUAUCCUGCCUCGGAAGCGAUACCCAAAUCAUACCAAUAACAUACUGUUUUCGAAACAUAACAAAUCAUCAAAAAAACCGAAACCCUGGCUAAAAUUUUACCCUCCCAAGCUCUAUGGUUCUCAUUUCGUAAUUAUUUUCCCCUGAAAUACUUCACUACUUUUAUAGACACAUAGAUUCUGAGAGCCUUCUACGUGUCGGUACAUAAUUUAAUAAAUAAUCUCUUAUGAUAGGUAUAUAUUAGCAUAAGAGAUUAUUUAUUAAAUUAUGUACCGAGAGUUUGAUUUACCAAACCUCCCUCAGCUACGUGGAAAUCGAGCAUGAUACACAUACGCUUGUUGAACAUAUUUGCAUGGAAUCUGCCUUAAAGGAAUUAGGUUUUAUUGAAAGAUUAUAUGUAAGAGAUCUUGGUAUUUGAUUUGUUAUCUCAAGGAACAUCAAGUAGAGCUGAUUUCGUCUUCAGCAAAGGAUCCUCUUUGGUGUGGGUCUUUGUAUCGUCAGCUCCUGAAACUGUAAAAAUUGUGUGUGAUGUACUAACUACAAAUAGAAA